AUGGUCUCGGUUUCCGUCGCCGACGAGCUCGCGAUCGCGCUGAAGGCGUCUCGCGAGGCGCUCGCGGAGAAAGACGCGGAGCUCUCGAGGACGAGGAGGGAGUUCUCGGGCUCCGAGGCGAAACGAGCGAAGCUCGCCGCGGAGCUGGAAGCGACGAAGACGCGGCUGGAGACCGUGCUAGAGCUGCACCCGACGAAGAUCGACGGUAACAUCGCGUGCGCGAUCUUCUCCCACCUCCCCCUCCCGAAAGAUCGCGUCGCGCUCGCCGCCGUGAGCAAGGUGUUCAAGGACGCGGAGAAGGCGGACGCGUCUUUGCCGGACUGCGGGGUGUCUGAGCUCCUUCAGCCGCACAUAGAGAAGUCGACGUACAGAGGGUACAGAGAGGCGUUCAAGUACUGGCGCUACUGGUACGAAAGGGCUGCCGAACAGGGAAAUGCGGACGCCUUGUGCAUGAUGGGAGACAUAAAGUCACGCGAGCGUGAGCCAGACAACUUAAAAGAGGCGUGCGAGUUUUACCGCAAAGCGGUGGAGAAGGGUCACGCCGGAGCCAUGAUCAAACUCGGUCAUCUCUACGUGAGGUACAAUAAUGAACUAGGAAGAAGCCGUGAAGAAGUCGUAGAACUAUGGCAAAGAGCGGCAGAAAUGGGUGACGGGAAAGGCAUGUUCUAUCGCGGAUGGCUCUACGAAAAGGGCUGCGGCGUGGAAAAAAACACGCAGACGGCGAUCAGGUGGUACCGCGCCGCCGCGAAGUUAGGCCGUGCGUCCGGAUGUGACGCACUUCGACGACUCGGGGUCGCGCUGACCGACGAGGCGUGA